AAUCUACACAAAUAAAAUCUAAUUAAUAUUAAUAUUUUACCAAAAAAAAAAAACAAAUCUAAUUAAUAUUACAGUUCAUAAACUAGUAAUGCAACAUUAGUAAUGAUCCUUGUUCGAAAACUCGGCCGCCUAGCCGAUUAAUCGGCCGAGUAAUCGUAAGCCGUGUGCUCACCGUAGCGAGUUGAAGCAAUUCGGUUGGUUUCUACAGUAAACCGAGUUAUACCCGCGGAGACCGUAUUUUAAGCGCGGAAUUUCAAAUCGUUGGAAAAAAAAUCGGUCAUAUUAACUUAGUAUAAUUUGGCCCAAUAUUAAAGGCCCACUAGUAAUAAAAAAGUGAAAUCUUCACCUAUCUUUCUCUUUCCCGACAACAGAACUGGCAAUCUUUGUUAACCCUAGUUUCCAUUGCUCUUCCUCAAUUCAAGUGAAUCCAAAACAGAUAACGUGAAUCAAAUUCGUUCAUCGAUUGAAAAUCCUUAUUGUACCCAAUUCAAGGUUAAGAAGAAUGGAUAUUCCUACAACAGGUUCACCUCCACGCCUCAAACGAAACUCAAAUGAUGUAGGAUGGGAUUAUGGAGUUUUGUGUGAUGCACGAUUUCCUGACAAAGUAAAAUGUCUACUGUGUGGAAAAGAGUUCUCUGGUGGUAUUUACAGAAUGAAGGAACACAUUGGUCAUCUGAAAGGAAAUGUUGCAGCUUGUCCAAAGUCAACUAAAGGAGAUCAAGAGAAGUGUAAGAAGGCUUUAGCUGAAGCUAAAAACAAGAAAAGUAUGAAGAGGAAACAUGAAGAAGCUUUGAGGGCAGAGGUUGAUAUAAGCAAGGACACUGUCAUUGAAGAACUAGAAAAAGAGCUUGGAGCAUUUAAAAAUCCCCACUUCCAAGGUCCUAUCGAUCAGUUUGCGAACCCCAUUAAUCCUGAAGUCUCAAUGGCAGGAAAGACACGACAACAAAGUCUCCAUGAUGCUAUUUCAAAGGAGAAGACACAUGCUGUCCACCAGUAUUGUGCUCGAUGGAUAUAUCAGUCAAAUAUCCCAUUUAGUGCUAUCGACAAUGAGUCAUUUAGGUUAUUCUGUGAAGCUUUAGGACAGUUUGGACCUGGUUGGGUACCUCCAACACAAUAUCAGCUGAGAGAACCUUUGCUAAAUGAAGAAAAGCAAAGGACAAAAGAAAAGCUAAAGGCUCUAGAAGAAGAAUGGGAGAGAGAAGGUUGCUCGGUUAUGACAGAUGCAUGGACUGAUAGGAAGAAGCGAAGCAUCAUGAAUCUGUGUGUUAAUUCAAGAGGUGGUACAUGCUUUCUUUCUUCGAAGGAUGCUUCUAAAGAUGCUCACACAGGUGCAUAUAUCUUCAAUUACAUUGACAAGUGUAUUGGAGAUUUAGGGGCUGAGAGGGUUGUUCAAGUUGUCACAGAUAAUGCCACCAACAAUGUAGCAGCUGCUAGGCUUCUUAAAGAGAAGUGGCCGAGAAUCUUCUGGACUGGAUGUGCUGCUCAUACUGUUGAUCUGAUGCUUGAGGGAAUUUCCAAGCUCCCGGGUUUUGCUAAAGUUAUAGAGCAAGCAAAAGCAGUCACAAUAUAUAUUUAUGCUCAUCAUAAAACAUUAAACAUGAUGAGAGCAUAUACAAAGAGAGAUAUUGUGAGACCAGGAGCUACAAGGUUUGCAACAUGUUUCUUGACACUUAAUAGUCUAUAUGAGAAGAAGGCACAACUGAGAAACAUGUUUAAUAGUGAUGAAUGGCAUGAUUGCAAGCAUUCCAAGAGUGCAAAGGGGAAGCUAGCGUCUGAUACUGUGAUGAGCUGUUCAUUUUGGAACAAUGUUACGGCUGUUUUGAAAGUAUUUAGUCCAAUGGUGAAGGUUCUGAGACUUGCUGAUGGAGAGAAGAUUCCUUCUCUUGGUUUUAUUUAUGGAGAGCUCUUAGUAGCUAAAAAUUCUAUCAAAGAAGCUACUGACCAUUUGGAGAAGAACUACCAACCUAUCUUUAGGAUCAUUGAUGAGAAGAUGAAAGGAAAUUGGUGGUCUACAUAUGGAUGUGCUACACCACAUUUGCAAAAUUUAGCAACACGUAUCCUUGCUUUGACAUCUAGUUCUUCUGGCUGUGAAAGAAACUGGAGCAGUUUCGAAGCGAUACACACAAAAAAAAGAAAUAGGCUAGAUGUGAAUAGGCUAAACAGUCUAGUCUAUGUCCAAUUCAAUGCAAGAUUGUUUAACAAGCUGAAAAAGAUAAGAGAAAGCAAUGUUGAUGUCAUUUUUGAUGAUGGUAAUGAAGACACUGUUGGAGAUUGGCUUGUGGAGCAUGUAGAAGAGAUGGACAGUGACGUUGGUUUUGUUCUUACCACCCAAGCCCCAAGAGUGAGAGAUCUAUAUGAUGAUGACUUUGAAUCAGAAGAUGAAGAUAUUGUGGACAUGGAGUUUGAACCUGAUGUCUUCCAAGAAAAUCCUGUCUUUCAUAAUUUACAGCCUCUUCAACAAGAUACAUAAGUUGUGACUUCAUGUUAUCAAGCUGUGACUUCUUCUAAUGCAUCAACUCCACUACAAGAUCAAGAUUAAUAUAUUUGUUUGAUUUUUGGAGAAUAGAGGAUUGAAAGUGCAAUCCUAAAUUUAUUUUUGUUGUUCUCAAGAUCAAAACAAUAUAUUUUGUCUUUUCUAAGUGGAUUAUAUUUUGUAUGAUGUGAACUAAAAGAAGUACAAUUAUAUUUUGUGAUCUAAUUGGUAUCUAUUCCUCUGUUUUUAGUAUCAA